GAAACACUUUGUUCCCGCUCCAGUACUGGACUGUGCCCAGUACCAGAACGACACAUCACGUUCACACAUACACACACAGCGCAAUAGCUGCUUCUGCGUCUCGGUGUGACGCAGGGCUGGGUGCGUCUGUGAUUGGCGUCUGUUGAAAAUUAACCCUGUUCCAUUCCCGAGCAACAUCAAUACAAACAACGCCGAGGCUCUGUGCAGAUCUGAACAAUGGAGUGAAGAAUAUUUCAGGUACACGAUAAAGAACUCUUGCCAGAUGUUUAUACGAGACGAGUGAAAUUCGAUUGUUAUUCUGACAGCUGAUACAGAUAAUCACUAAGCGAAAUAUAAGGUUAUGUUGUAAAAAAAAAGAUUGAACAUUCUGUGCUGGUGGUAGAGAAGUGUACGAAUUUGGUUUGCAGUUCUGAAAAUGAUCUCCAAGAUUUUCAUAAAGAACUACAGAACGAAACAUUGGUGCAUUGUUUGGAAGCGUUUGUAAACCGUGAAUACAUUGUCAGUGCUGGUGGGUUAAUGGAACAGCAGGGGAACAUGAGCGGUGAAGAUAUCGAUGUGAGUCUUCUAGAUUCAACACCGUCUGUAGGUGGAUACCACCGCUUUGGAGGAACAAACUGCAUCCACUUCCGCCCUGAAGAUGGAGACAUUGCAACCCAGAUGAUUGACAUCGACUGCCAAGUAAAAUAUUCUGUCUAUUCCAAUACAAAUGUCCCUCCAGAGCUCCUACACUAAUUAAACACGUCUUUUUAAGCUAGGUGCGUCCAUUUUAUUUUCAUUUCGUGGGGAUGUAUAAAUUAUUUCUAAGAGUAAGGACAAUUAUUUGAUCAAUAUAAACGCGAUUAAGUUACGCCCUUUUUUCCGAGCUUCGAGACAAAAAACAAAAGAAGAAAUCAAUAUUUUCCCCCCUGCUCAUAUAAAAUGUUGUAUUGGCUUCAAAGACAAAUAUUUUUGCAGAGUAUGUGACAGUUCUGAUAAAGUUUUUAGGGAGACAAUUAAAAUAUAAUGAAGAGGGGGUAAAGAUAAGACAGUGUGGAGUUUUACAAGGCAAAACUCAGUCACGCAGGUGAUGCUUAUCAGAAGUAAUUAUACAAAUAAGAUAACAAGUAUUUUAGCUAAGGCAAUUAGCUUGUUCCUAAGGCAAAGACCUCUCAGAGAACGCAUUUUAGUUUGAGACCUGGCACUUGUAGUGGACAGCAAAAGGAAUUCUUCUCUGCCUUACAUAAGCCUGUAUAAACCCACUUAUUGCUAAGAAACACAGUUUUAAAACAGAACCACAAGAGUAGGUUUUGUGAAAAACUUGGUGUUUCUCUUUGCAGAUGCGCGUAAGCUUCGCCAGUGUCCUUCAGACACCAUGGUUGGGCUUGGUUCACAGACAAAGCCAUGUCUUCGGGUGAUCGCCAUAAUCGCCUGUAUUACUCUGGUGUCCAUGUUCUACCUGCUCGGAUUCGGCCAGCCGAUGCAAGCCAACCCGUCCACACUACCGGUCUUCAGCAACGAACAAGAGAAGAAAGAAAAUUCAUCUGUACCCCUUAAAGAAGGCUACCUGGUUUGGAGUCCGAGCUGCCAGAUCCCCGACAUGGACCCGCAUCACGAGUCAAUUAGGAAAUUUCUGAAGUCUGCAGAAUCCAUUGUGUGUUCAAAGUUUGGUCCACUGACCUAUAUCAACACCCCCACAGCAGCACACGCAGAAAACAACUGGACUGCCCCGUACGUUCUGAAAGUUGACCCUGGAAUGGUGCACUACUAUGUACCAAAUAAACAGAGAUACUCUUGCUGCUACGCGGAUAUCACGCGGGCCAUACCAAAUGUAAAGGAUAACAAAAUGGCAGAUAGCACGUAUAACAUUAACAAAUGUGUGGAUUUUGAGGAAGAAGUCAUCCUAAAGCCAGGGUCAGAAUUUGUCCUAGUCAGAUGUAAUAUCCAUAAGAAAGAUUCUAAAGUAAAGGAGAUAUACAGUAACAUGCACGCCACGGUCCCCGCGAAGCCUCAAGUUCUUGCAAAGCUCGCCAAGACGCAACAGAAAAAUAAUUCACAAGACAGAAACAAGCCAAGUGUCCUUUUUAUAGGUCUCGAUUCAAUAUCUCGUCUGAACCUCAUUCGAACGAUGCCACAAACAGUGUCACAUCUUCAUCGUAACGGUUGGAUCGAACUACGAGGAUACAAUAAAGUGGCCGAUAACACAUUUCCAAACCUGAUGGCCAUCAUCACUGGACUGAGCUUGGACCAGGUGAAAAAGACCUGCUGGCCUACCAGAGAUACAGAACUGGAUGACUGCCCUUACAUAUGGUACGAAUUCAGUAAGCAAGGUUACGUGACAGCUUUCGGUGAAGACAUAACCAAAAUGUCGACAUUCAAUUAUCAGAAGACUGGAUUCAUAAAUCCUCCUACUGAUUAUUACCUCAGACCAUUCAUCCUCGCAGCAGAAAAGGAACUACAAUCAAAGAUGAGAGAUCAACUUAACAUUUGUUUAGGUCCUACAUCAACCACUGAACAUUUAUUAAGAUACGCUACAGAUAUUGCAUCAACGUUUAGACACUCCCUAUAUUUCGCUCUUCUCUGGAUCAACAAUCUGAGUCACAAUAAUCAUAACACUCCCGCGGCCAUGGACUUCCGGUUUAUGCAAUUUUUUAACGAGCUCGCAGAAAUCGGGACUCUCAAUAACACAUUCGUGAUCUUCCUCAGUGACCACGGAAUGCGAUUUGGAAGAAUACGAGAGACAUUUAUUGGAUGGUUGGAGGAACGUCUGCCUUUCAUCUACGUGUGGAUUCCCCUGUGGUACAGACAACAACAUCCUGAGAUAGAAAAGAACCUUGUAACAAACAGAGAUCGUCUUACUUCUCCAUACGACAUCCACAUGACGCUCAGAGACAUUCUUCGUCAGAACCGUGAAAGUGUUGAAAAUACAAAAGAUUUGUCGUCUAUUAAUGGUAGCGCUGGAUGUCCGAAGUGUACCAGCCUCUUUGGGGAAGUACCAUACGAUAGAUCUUGCGGGGAUGCCGGAAUAAAUCCACAUUGGUGCACGUGUAAUCAAUACCAGACGCUAUCAACGACAGGCGACACAGUUCAAUCUGUGGCAAAAUUUGUGUUAUCCGAAAUUCAAUCCCAAUUACUGAAGACAGUGAACAGAACGCAAAUAUUAAAAAAGUGCUCAGACCUGAGGUUAAAUCGUCUUGUGAACGUGCGCGGUAGAGUGCACGAUCAAUCGGAACACAAAGAAUAUGUGGUUAUGAUUGAAACACUACCAGGUGGGGCACUGUUCGAGGCAACUGUCAGACAAUUUAUAAAAAAUAACACAUUUCAAAUGCUGGGUAUUGUGAGCAGAAUAAAUGCGUAUUGGAGUCAAAGCAUUUGUAUAAAUGAUCCUGUACUGAAAAUGUACUGCUAUUGUGUCAGUUCAUAACUGUCAUGUUAUUAUAAUCAAAUUUGACUGUAAGACAUGACCAAGUCAUUGGCUGGUAAGAACAAAAAAACAAACAACAAAUUUUUGACACGAUUUUAUGAACCUUAAGUCACAUUACUAAUAAAUUUGAUACAACAUAAAUAGCUUCAAUAUAUAAUGUAGUGCUUCAAUAGCAGUUUUAUAUCAAACUUCGUUUUAUGUUUAAGGACUUGGAGAGUCCAGUGCAAAAAGGACGUAGUUCCACUUUAAAAAAUUUGAAAACAAUUAACACAACGCAGCAUGGCUCGUUUUUCACUGUAAUUAAUGACUUUAGCUGCGCUGUUCAUCCGCCGAUACAACAUGCAAUUUUUUUUAAUGCAUAAAACGAUAUAAAACUAAACUUCAUCCCAAAUCAGGGUCAACCAUCUUUGCACUGGACCCUUCAAUUUCUCUUCAGUGUACAUAAAUACUCCAAGAUUGACUGCAAAGUCUAAUAUGUAGAUUUAAUAAAAUUUUAGAAUAAAACAAUUAAAAAUUUGUUCCUUA